AGAGGAGAGAGGGGGACAGCCUUACCUCCUGUCACUCUCUCUCACCACCACCGUGAGAGUGCAGGACUCACGCUGUCCUCCAGCACACCCACACACACCAACACCGAGAGACACCGAGACAGAGUGAGACAGAGAGAGAGGAAGACGGGCACAGCAGCGAGGAAGGAGAAGGAGAAGAAGGAGGGACGUAGCAGAGGAGAUAAUAGAAAUCAAAAUCAAAAAUCCUGAAGGGAGAAAACUGAAGGAUUGUCUCUUUUCUCCCGAGGAGCUGCGAAUAACCCUCGGUGAAAGAUGGCAGAAGGGGGAGAGGGAGAAGAGGAGAUUCAGUUCCUGCGAACGGAUGACCAGGUGGUUCUGCAGUGCACUGCCUCCGUCCUGAAGGAGCAGCAGAUUAAAUUAUGUCUAUCCUGCGAGGGUUUCGGCAACCGCCUCUGCUUCCUGGAAACCACGUCCAACGCUCAGAAUGUGCCUCCGGACUUGGCCAUAUGCACCUUCAUCCUGGAGCAGUCCCUCUCAGUGCGAGCUCUGCAGGAGAUGCUGGCCAACACAGUGGACAUGACUGAGUCGUCCCAAGGUGGAGGCCAUCGUACUUUACUGUACGGUCAUGCCAUUCUUCUGAGACACCACCACUCAGGCAUGUACCUGAGCUGCUUGACUACAUCUCGGUCCCUCACGGACAAGCUGGCCUUCGACGUGGGCUUGCAAGAAGAUGCCACCGGUGAGGCAUGCUGGUGGACUAUUCAUCCAGCCUCCAAGCAGAGAUCAGAAGGUGAGAAGGUCCGAGUGGGAGACGACCUCAUCCUUGUCAGUGUGUCCUCUGAGAGAUACCUGCAUCUGUCCUAUGCCAGUGGAGAUCUGAUGGUGGACGCCUCCUUCAUGCAAACUCUGUGGAACAUGAACCCAAUCAGUUCAGGAUGCGAGCUAGCUGAGGGGUUUCUGACUGGAGGUCACGUUCUCAGGCUGUUCCACGGCCACAUGGACGAGUGUCUGGCCAUCGCUACACCAGAGGAAGGAGAGGAAAAGCGCAGGACGGCCUCGUAUGAAGGCGGCGCUGUGUGCAGUCAGGCUCGAUCCCUGUGGAGGCUGGAGCCCCUCAGAAUCAGCUGGAGCGGUAGCCACAUGAAGUGGGGACAGUCUUUCCGUAUUCGCCACAUCACCACGGGCCGGUACCUGUGUCUUGAUGAGGAAAAAGGUCUGUUGGUGGUCGACCCAGAGAGGGCCAAUACCAAGCUGUCCGCAUUCUGCUUCCGUGCUUCAAAGGAGAAGGUGGAUGUGGCUCAGAAGCGUGACGUCGAGGGGAUGGGCAUCCCAGAGAUAAAGUACGGAGAGUCUAUGUGCUUCGUCCAGCAUGUGUCCACAGGCCUGUGGCUCACAUAUGCUGCCCUGGAUGCCAAAGCUGCUCGUUUAGGGAUGAUGAAGAGAAAGGUCAUUCUGCACCAGGAGGGCCACAUGGAUGAUGCUCUAACUGUGUCCCGCUCCCAAACUGAGGAGUCUCAGGCCGCUCGAAUGAUUUACAGCACCACGGGCCUCUUCAGACAGUUCAUCAAGGGUCUGGACUCCCUGAGUGGGAAGAGCAAGUCACCGGUGGCAGUGUCACUUCCUCUGGAGGGAGUCAUCCUCUCGCUUCAGGAUCUCAUCUUCUACUUUCGUCCACCCGAGGAGGAACUGGAGCACGAAGAGAAGCAAACCAAGCUCCGAUCUCUCCGCAACCGGCAGAACCUCUUCCAAGAGGAGGGAAUGAUUACCAUCGUGCUGGAGUGCAUCGACCGCCUGAACGUGUACAACACUGCUGCCCACUUCUCUGAAUUCGCCGGAGAGGAAGCCGCAGAGUCUUGGAAGGAGAUUGUCAACCUUCUUUAUGAGCUGCUGGCUUCUCUAAUCAGGGGGAACCGCUCUAAUUGUGCAUUGUUCUGUGAUAACCUGGACUGGCUGGUCAGCAAACUGGACCGUCUGGAGGCCUCCUCGGGUAUUCUUGAGGUGCUGUACUGUGUCCUAAUUGAAAGCCCCGAGGUUUUGAACAUCAUCCAGGAGAACCACAUUAAAUCUAUCAUCUCUCUCCUGGACAAACAUGGAAGGAACCACAAGGUGCUGGAUGUCUUGCGCUCUCUUUGUGUGUGUAACGGUGUUGCUGUGAGGUCCAACCAGAACCUCAUCACUGAAAACCUGCUCCCGGGUCGCGACCUCCUGCUGCAGACUAACAUUGUAAACUACGCCACCAGCGUGCGACCCAAUAUCUUCCUGGGUACAUGUGAGGGGUCCACCCAGUAUAAGAAGUGGUACUACGAGAUGAUGGUGGACUAUGUGGAGCCCUUUGUGACGGCGCAGGCGACUCACCUGAGGGUGGGCUGGGCUAUGACGGAAGGCUACAGCCCCUACCCUGGAGGAGGAGAAGGCUGGGGAGGCAACGGUGUAGGAGAUGACCUCUACUCUUACGGCUUUGAUGGUCUGCAUCUGUGGUCAGGUACCGUCGCCCGCCAGGUGGCUUCACCCAGCGCUCACACUCUGGCUGCGGAUGAUGUCGUCAGCUGCUGUCUGGAUCUGAGCGUGCCCAGCAUCUCCUUCCGCAUUAACGGCCACCCGGUUCAGGGCAUGUUUGAAAACUUUAACGUGGACGGCCUCUUCUUCCCCGUCAUCAGCUUCUCUGCAGGAGUCAAGGCUCGCUUCCUGCUUGGUGGUCGCCAUGGAGAUUUCAAGUUCAUGCCGCCACCCGGUUACGCCCCGUGUUACGAAGCUCUGCUGCCCAGAGAGAGGAUGCGUAUCGAACCCAUCAAGGAGUACAAGCACGACUUUGACGGUGUUCGCAACCUUCUAGGCCCCACUUUAUCCCUCACCCACACCUCGUUCACCCCCUGCCCUGUGGACACCGUUCAGAUCGUGUUGCCACCUCACCUGGAACGCAUCCGAGAGAAGCUGGCGGAGAAUAUUCACGAGCUCUGGGCUGUCACUCGUAUUGAGCAGGGCUGGACCUACGGGACUUUCAGGGAUGACAACAAGAAACUCCAUCCUUGUCUGGUGGACUUCCUCAGUCUGCCCGAACCAGAGAGGAACUACAACCUGCAGAUGUCUGGAGAGACUCUGAAGACUCUCUUGGCUCUGGGUUGCCACGUCGGUAUGGGUGAUGAGAAAGCAGAGGAGAAUCUCAAGAAGAUCAAGCUCCCCAAGACCUAUGUGAUGACCAACGGAUACAAGCCUGCCCCCCUCGACCUCAGCCAUGUCAAACUGACACCAAACCAGAACCAGCUUGUGGAGAAACUGGCGGAAAAUGGACAUAAUGUUUGGGCGAGGGACAGAGUGAGGCAAGGAUGGACCUACAGCAUCGUGCAGGACAUCGUAAAUAAAAGAAACCCUCGUUUGGUACCUUACAACUUGCUGGACGAGAGAACUAAGAAAACGAACCGAGACAGUGUCAACAACGCUGUCCGCACCCUCAUUGGCUACGGCUACAACAUCGAGCCUCCAGAUCAGGAGAGCACUGGCCAUGGCCUUGAGAACACCCGUGGUGACAAAGUACGAAUCUUCAGGGCAGAGAAGUCGUACGCUGUUACCCAGGGGAAGUGGUAUUUUGAGUUUGAGGCAGUGACGACGGGGGAGAUGAGAGUUGGUUGGGCGCGUCCAAAUGUCCGUUCCGACACUGAACUGGGAGCAGAUGAACUGGCCUACGUCUUCAAUGGCAACAAGGCUCAAAGAUGGCACAUUGGCAAUGAACCGUUUGGUCGCCAGUGGCAGUCCGGUGACGUAGUCGGCUGCAUGAUUGAUCUGACUGAGAUGAACAUCAUGUUCACGCUCAACGGAGAAAUGCUGAUCAGCGACUCAGGCUCGGAGAUGGCUUUCAAAGACAUUGAAGUCGGGGAAGGUUUUAUCCCAGUUUGUGCUCUGGGCCUGUCUCAGGUCGGAAGGAUUAACCUUGGUCAGAAUGUCAGCAGUCUGCGCUAUUUUGCCAUCUGUGGCCUGCAGGAAGGAUUUGAGCCAUUUGCCAUCAACAUGAAGCGAGACAUCACCAUGUGGUUCAGUAAAAGUUUGCCCCAGUUUGUGCCUGUGCCCACUGACCACAAUCACAUUGAGCUCUCGCGUGUGGAUGGGACCGUGGACAGCGCCCCCUGUCUGAAGCUGACCCAUAAGACAUUUGGGUCGCAGAACGCCAACACUGACAUGAUGUUCCUCAGACUCAGCAUGCCGGUCCAGUUCCACGAGACCUUCAAGAUCCCGGCAGGGACCACCCCUCUCACCCGAGCCCUCACCAUACCUGAGGAGGAGGUGGUGGUGGUGGAGCCCGACUCCGAGUUUGAAGUUCUGAAGAAGUCUGCCAGUCGCAAGGAGCAGGAGGAGGAGAAGAAGGAGCCGUCGGUGUCGAAGGAGAUCUCUGUGGAAAACGAGAAGGACUCGAUGUCAGAAAAGGGGAAGAAGAAAGGAUUCUUCUCCAAAGCCAAGAAGGCAGCCAUGACACCUCUGGCUCCUCCUCCUGCUCCUCCAACGGUGCCACGUUUGGUAGAAGAUGUGGUUCCUGAUGAUAGAGAUGAUCCUGAGAUCAUCCUCAGCACCACCACUUAUUACUACUCUGUGAGGAUCUUUGCUGGGCAGGAGCCCUCCGGUGUUUGGGUCGGCUGGGUGACUCCUGAUUACCACCAGUUUGAUCCGACCUUUGACCUCUCCAAGGUGCGCAGCGUCACCGUCACCGUGGGAGACGACAAAGGCAACAUACAUGACAGUAUGAAGCACAGUAACUGUUACAUGGUUUGGGGAGGAGACCUGGUCAGUAACCAGCAGACCCGCUUCAGCCAGGAGGACAUGGUGGUCGGCUGCCUGGUCGACCUGGCAACGGGCCUCAUGACCUUCACAGCCAACGGAAAGGAGAUCAACACCUUCUACCAGGUGGAGCCCAACACCAAGCUGUUCCCGGCCGUCUUCAUCCAGCCCUCCAAUCAGAACAUGGUGCAGCUGGAACUGGGCAAACUCAAGAACAUCAUGCCCAUCUCAGCGGCCAUGUUCCGCAGCGAGCGUAAGAACCCCGUCCCCCAGUGUCCUCCCAGGCUGGACGUCCAGAUGCUGACUCCGGUUAUCUGGAGCCGAAUGCCCAACCACUUCCUCAACCCGGAGGUGGGCAGAGUGAGUGAGAGGUUGGGCUGGAUGGUGGAGUGCACUGAACCUCUCAUCAUGAUGGCCCUGCACAUCCCAGAGGAGAACAGGUGUAUUGACAUCUUGGAGCUGUCGGAGCGUCAGGAUCUGAUGAAGUUCCACUAUCACACGCUGAUGCUCUACUGCGCCGUGUGUGCGCUCGGCAACAACCGAGUGGCUCACGCGUUGUGCAGCCAUGUGGAUGAGUCCCAGCUGUUCUACGCCACCGAGAACACCUACCUGCCCGGACCUCUCCGCAGCGGCUACUACGACCUGCUCAUCAGCAUCCACCUGGAGUCGGCCAAACGGGCGCGUUUGGGCACCAACAGGGAGUUCAUCGUUCCCAUGACCGAGGAGACUCUCAGCAUCCACCUCUAUCCGGAUGCCAAGAAGGCUCAUUCUCUACCUGGCGUCGGCCUCACCACCUGCUUACGGCCAAAGCUGCACUUCUCAUCCAUCAACUUUGUCGGCACCGACCCUGAUCUCUACACACUCAGUCCUAUAUUCCCUCUACAGGAGCUGAAAACCAGGGCGAUUAGCAUGCUAACGGAGGCUGUGCUGGAUGGUAGCCAGGCCAUGAGGGAUCCCGUAGGAGGCAGCGUGGAGUUCCACUUCGUCCCCAUCCUGAAGCUGAUCAGUACGCUGCUCAUCAUGGGCAUCUUCAACGACGAGGACACCAAGCACAUCCUCAAAAUGAUCGACCCCAACGUUUUCAGCGGAAAGGAGGAGGAAGAGGAGGGAGAGAAAGCCGAGGAGGGAGGAGAAGGUGAGGAAGGGAAGGACGAGGAAGAGGAGGACGCUGAGCUCGAAGACGAAGGGGUCGGCGAGGACGAAGAGGAGGAGCUGAAAGAGCUGGAGAAGGCAGAGGAGGAAGAGGCCGAGCCCAAAGAGGAAGGAGAGGAGGGAGAGAAGGAGGAGGGAGAGGCCAAAGGAGGAAAAGUGGACGGCGAGAAAGCAGAGGAGGAGAAGGAGGCCGAGGCAGUGGAAGCAGAAGCAAAAGAAGAGGAGGAGGGUCCGGAGGAAGGAUUACUCCAGAUGAAGCUGCCGGAGUCUGUCAAACUGCAAAUGUGCACCCUCUUGCAGUACUUCUGCGACUGCGAACUGAGGCACAGGGUGGAGGCGAUCGUGGCCUACUCAGACCAGUUCGUCCACAACAUUCAGAGCAAUCAACGUGUUCGCUACAACCAGCUAAUGAGAGCUUUCACCAUGUCGGCUGCCGAGACUGCACGCAAGACCCGCGAGUUCCGUUCACCUCCGCAAGACCAGGUUCUUUUGCUGACCAACUUUAAACAUGGUCCAGAGGAUGAAGAGUGUCCAGUGCCAGAGGAGGUGCGAGACACUUUGGGAGACUUUCACAGUGAUCUCCUGCUCCACUGCGGUAUUCAUAUUGAGGAGGAAGCAGAGGAAGAGGAGGUAGACACGUCACUGAGGGGCCGACUCCUCAGUCUGGUGGACAAGGUAAAGAACAUCCGCAAGAAGGAGGUGAUGGAGGAGAAACCAGAGGUCGAGGACGAACCAAAACUCAGCACUCUUCAGGAGCUCAUCUCCCACACAAUGAUCCACUGGGCCCAGGAGUCCUUCAUCCAGAACCCCGGUCUUGUGCGUCUGAUGUUCAGCCUGCUCCACAGGCAGUACGACGGCCUCGGCGAGCUGAUCCGAGCGCUGCCCAAAGCCUACGCCAUCAACGCCGUGUCUGUUCAGGACACCAUGGACCUGCUGGAGUGUUUGGGACAGAUCCGAUCGCUGCUCAUUGUCCAGAUGGGUCCUGAAGAGGAGCGACUCAUGAUCCAGAGCAUCGGGAAUAUCAUGAAUAAUAAAGUGUUCUACCAGCACCCGAAUCUGAUGAGAGCUCUCGGCAUGCAUGAGACCGUCAUGGAGGUGAUGGUCAAUGUGCUCGGUGGAGGAGGAGACUCAAAGGAGAUUCGAUUCCCCCAAAUGGUGACCAACUGCUGUCGUUUCCUGUGUUACUUCUGUCGCAUCAGCCGGCAGAACCAGCGCUCCAUGUUUGACCAUCUGAGCUACCUGCUGCAGAACAGUGGCAUCGGCUUGGGCAUGCGCGGGUCCACACCUCUGGAUGUGGCUGCGGCCUCCUGCAUUGACAAUAAUGAGCUGGCCUUGGCUUUGCAAGAGCAAGACCUGGAAAUGGUGGUGACGUACUUGGCCGGCUGUGGACUGCAGAUGUGUCCGAUGCUCCUGUCUAAGGGAUACCCCGACAUCGGCUGGAACCCCUGUGGAGGAGAGAGAUAUCUGGAUUUCCUGCGUUUUGCCGUCUUUGUUAACGGGGAGAGCGUGGAGGAGAACGCCAACGUUGUGGUUCGUCUGCUCAUCCGUCGCCCUGAGUGCUUCGGUCCGGCCCUGAGAGGAGAGGGUGGCAACGGCCUGCUGGCUGCCAUGGAGGAGGCCAUCAAGAUCUCAGAGGAUCCAGCGAGGGAUGGACCCACGGUCAAAAAAGACAGACGCUUCAUGUUUGGUGGUGAGGAGCAGCACGAGGAGAACCGUGUGCAUCUGGGAAAUGCCAUCAUGUCCUUCUACUCGGCCCUCAUCGAUCUGCUGGGUCGCUGUGCCCCUGAGAUGCAUCUGAUCCAAGCAGGCAAAGGUGAAGCUCUGAGAAUCAGGGCCAUCCUGAGGUCUCUGGUGCCCAUCGAGGACCUGGUGGGGGUCAUCAGCCUGCCUGUACAGAUUCCUGCCUACGGAAAAGAAAGUCAGAUUAUUGAGCCCAAGAUGUCAGCCAGUUUUGUGCCCGACCACAAGGCCUCCAUGGUGCUGUUCCUGGACAGAGUUUACGGUAUUGACAACCAGGACUUCCUGCUUCAUGUGCUGGAGGUUGGCUUCCUGCCUGACAUGAGAGCUGCAGCUUCUCUGGAUACGGUGGCGUUCAGUACAACUGAAAUGGCCUUGGCCCUCAACCGCUACCUCUGCUCGGCUGUUCUGCCUCUGCUCACCAAGUGUGCCCCGUUGUUUGCCGGGACGGACCACCGUGCCAUCAUGAUCGACUCCAUGCUGCACACCAUUUACCGUCUGUCCCGCGGCCGAGCCCUCACCAAGGCUCAGAGGGACGUUAUUGAAGAGUGCCUCAUGUCGCUCUGCAAGUACCUUCGACCUUCUAUGCUGCAGCAUCUGCUCAGAAGGCUGGUAUUUGAUGUCCCCAUCCUCAAUGAAUACGCCAAGAUGCCUCUAAAGCUGCUGACCAACCACUAUGAGCGCUGCUGGAAGUACUACUGCCUGCCAAACGGAUGGGCCAACUUCGGCGUGACCUCUGAGGAGGAGCUGCAUCUUUCUCGAAAGCUCUUCUGGGGAAUCUUUGAAUCGUUGGCGCACAAGAAAUACGAUGCAGAGCUCUUCAAGAUCGCCAUGCCCUGCCUCUGUGCGAUAGCCGGAGCUAUCCCUCCUGACUACGUGGAUGCCAGCUACUCAUCCCACACUGAGAAAAAGGCCUCAGUGGAUGCUGAAGGCAACUUUGAUCCCAAACCAGUGGAAACCACCAACACCAUCAUCCCAGAGAGGCUGGAUGCUUUUAUCAACAAGUACGCAGAACAUACUCAUGACAAAUGGGCUUUUGAAAAGAUUCAGAACAACUGGACGUACGGAGAGUUGUUGGAUGAGAACGCUAAGACUCACCCAAUGCUUCGGCCGUACAAAACAUUCUCUGAAAAGGACAAAGAGAUCUAUCGCUGGCCCAUUAAAGAAUCCAUCAAGGCCAUGCUGGCGUGGGAGUGGACCCUGGAGAAAGCCAGAGACGGGGAGGGAGAAGUCGAGAAGAAGGCUGUCACCCGCAAGAUCUCUCAAACCGCUCAGGCCACGUAUGAUCCCAGUCACGGCUACAACCCUCAGCCAAUAGACAUCACAGGAAUGGCCUUGUCCAGAGAGCUGCAGUCUAUGGCUGAGCAGCUGGCAGAGAACUAUCACAACACCUGGGGCAGGAAGAAGAAGUUGGAGCUGCAGGCCAAAGGUGGUGGCACCCAUCCUUUGCUUGUGCCUUAUGACACCCUGACGGCCAAGGAGAAGGCCAGAGACCGAGAGAAAGCCCAGGACCUGCUCAAGUUCCUCCAGCUAAAUGGAUACGCCGUGACGAGGGGCCUAAAGGACAUGGAGCAGGACAUUUCCUCCAUCGAGAAGCGUUUUGCGUACGGCUUCCUCCAGAAACUUCUCAAAUGGAUGGACAUCGCCCAGGAAUUCAUCGCUCAUCUCGAGGCUGUAGUUAGCAGCGGUAGAGUGGAAAAGUCACCACACGAACAAGAGAUCAAAUUCUUUGCCAAGAUCCUCCUGCCGCUGGUGAAUCAGUACUUCAAGAACCACUGCCUGUACUUCCUCUCCACUCCUGCUAAGGUUUUGGGCAGUGGAGGGCAUUCGUCCAAUAAGGAGAAGGAGAUGAUUGCCAGUAUCUUCUGUAAGUUGGCUGCUUUGGUGAGGCACAGAGUUUCUCUUUUUGGAACGGAUGCGAGCGCAGUGGUAAACUGUCUGCACAUCCUCUCACGAUCACUGGACGCCAGGACUGUCAUGAAAUCGGGUCCUGAGAUCGUGAAGGCUGGUCUGCGCCAGUUCUUUGAGAGUGCUGCAGAUGACAUUGAGAAGAUGGUUGAGAAUCUGAAACUGGGCAAAGUGUCCAGUCGAAACCAGGUUAAAGGCGUGUCCCAGAACAUCAACUACACCACCACCGCCCUGCUGCCGGUCCUCACGUCACUGUUUGAUCACAUCGCCCAGCACCAGUUUGGAGAUGACGUCAUGAUGGAUGACUUGCAGAUAUCCUGCUAUCGUUUAAUGUGCAGCAUCUACUCUUUGGGCACUGUGAAGACUCCACAUGCAGAGAAACAGCGACCGGCUCUUGGCGAGUGUUUGGCCCACUUAGCAGCUGCUAUGCCGGUGGCCUUCCUCGAGCCAGCUCUGAACGAAUUCAACACAUUUUCUGUUUACACCACCAAGACUCCCAGAGAGAGAUCCAUUCUGGGUCUUCCCAGUCAAGUCGAGGAGCUUUGCCCCGACAUCCCAGAGCUGGAGGUCCUGAUGAAGGAGAUCCAUGACCUGGCUGAGUCUGGGGCUCGCUACACAGAAAUGCCCCAUGUGAUUGAGAUCACCCUCCCCAUGUUGUGUAACUACCUGCCACGCUGGUGGGAGAGAGGCCUGGAGAAUUUCCCUGAGCUGGAGGGCCAGCUGUGCACCUCCGUCACCUCCGAGCAUCUCAACCAGCUGCUGGGUAGCAUCAUGAAGAUCGUGGUUAACAACCUGGGUAUAGACGAGGCCUCCUGGAUGAAGAGAUUAGCAGUAUUCGCCCAGCCCAUCGUCAGCAGGGCUAAACCAGAGAUGCUUAAAUCCCACUUCAUCCCCACCAUGGAGAAGCUGAAGAAGCGCUCAGGAAAAGUGGUGGCUGAGGAGGAUCAGCUUCGCAUGGAGGGCAAAACAGAGGUGGACAGUGAAAAUGGGACCAUUCGAGAUGAGUUUGCUGUGCUCUGUCGGGACUUGUACGCUCUCUACCCUUUGCUCAUCCGCUACGUGGACAACAACAGGGCCCGGUGGCUGACCUGUCCAGACCCAGAUGCAGAGGAACUUUUCAGGAUGGUGGGAGAGGUCUUCAUUUUCUGGUCAAAGUCCCAUAACUUUAAAAGGGAGGAGCAGAACUUUGUGGUGAUGAAUGAGAUCAACAAUAUGUCCUUCCUGACUGCAGACAGUAAGAGCAAGAUGACCAAGGCCGGAGAUGGAGAGUCUGGAGGCUCAGAGCAGGAGCGUACCAAGAAGAAGCGGCGGGGGGAUCGCUACUCCGUGCAGACCUCCCUUAUUGUAGCAGCUUUAAAGAAGAUGCUCCCCAUCGGCCUCAAUAUGUGCUCCCCUGCAGACCAGGAGCUCAUCAAUGUUGCUAAGAUCAGAUACUCACUGAAAGACACAGAUGAAGAGGUGAGGGAGUUCUUAAACAACAAUCUGCAUCUGCAAGGCAAGGUGGAGGAUCCAGCUAUGCGCUGGCAGAUGUCUCUUUACAAGGAGAUGUCUGGAAAGGCAGAAGAUGCUGAGGAUCCUGAGAAGGUGGUGAAAAGGGUCCAAGAGGUGUCUGCCGUCCUUUACCACAUCGAGGUGACUGAGCAUCCCUUCAAGUCGAAGAAAAUGGUGUGGCACAAGCUGCUGUCUAAACAGCGUCGCAGGGCAGUGGUGGCCUGUUUCAGGAUGACGCCGCUCUACAACAUCCCCACGCACAGAGCGACCAACAUGUUCUUGGAUGCCUACAAGCGCAACUGGUUAGAGACCGAGGGUUACUCAUUUGAAGACAAGAUGAUAGACGACCUAUCAAAAGCCAUGGAGGAAGAGGAGGAAGAGGAAGAGGAGACUGAGUCGAAGCCUGACCCCCUUCACCAGCUGAUUCUUCAUUUCAGCCGCACAGCUCUCACAGAAAAGACUAAACUUGACGUUGACCAUCUCUAUAUGUCGUAUGCUGAUAUUAUGGCAAAGAGCUGCCACAUUGGUGAGGAGGACGAAGGGGGAGAACAGGAGGGGGAGGAGCCAUCCUUUGAGGUGCGACAGACAGAGAUGGAAAAGGAGAUGGAGAAACAGAGGCUUCUGUACCAGCAGUCCCGUCUGCACAACCGUGGGGCUGCAGAGAUGGUGCUGCAGAUGAUCAGCGCCUGCAAAGGUGAACCAGGAGCCAUGGUUUCUUCAACACUCAAACUGGGAAUCUCCAUCCUCAACGGAGGCAACAGUGACGUGCAGCAGAGAAUGCUGGACUAUCUGAAGGAUAAAAAGGAUGUGGGAUUCUUCCUUAGCGUGCAGGCUCUCAUGCAGACCUGCAGCGUUUUGGACUUGAACGCUUUUGAGAGACAGAAUAAGGCUGAAGGACUUGGGAUGGUUUCAGAGGAAGGCACCAAUAAGAAGCUAGAACGUGAUGAGAAAGUGAUGGCAGACGAUGAAUUUACGUGUGACCUCUUCCGCUUCCUGCAGCUUCUUUGUGAAGGCCAUAAUAACGAUUUCCAGAACUACCUGAGAACUCAGACAGGCAGCACCACGACCAUCAAUGUGAUCAUCUGCACUGUGGACUACCUGCUGCGACUACAGGAGUCGAUCAGUGAUUUUUACUGGUACUACUCAGGAAAAGACAUCAUUGAUGAGCCUGGUAAAAGGAAUUUCUCCAAAGCAAUGACUGUGGCCAAACAGGUCUUCAACAGCCUGACAGAGUACAUCCAGGGCCCCUGUACUGGUAACCAGCAGUCUCUGGCCCACAGCAGGUUAUGGGACGCUGUUGUUGGCUUCCUGCACGUCUUUGCUCACAUGAUGAUGAAACUUGCUCAGAUGCACCCUGAUCCUGGACAACGAAAUGGCGAUCAUUUUUGGAGUAGAGCGCACUCUGAGGACUCGAGUCAGAUUGGACUGUUGAAAGAACUGUUGGACCUGCAGAAGGACAUGGUAGUGAUGCUUCUGUCUCUACUUGAAGGCAACGUGGUGAACGGCACCAUUGCCAGGCAAAUGGUUGACAUGUUGGUGGAGUCCUCCAGCAACGUGGAGAUGAUCCUCAAGUUCUUCGACAUGUUCCUCAAGCUCAAGGACAUCGUGGCGUCUGACGCCUUCCGUGACUAUGUGACUGAUCCACGUGGACUCAUCUCGAAGAAGGACUUCUCCAAGGCCAUGGACAGCCAGAAACAAUACUCUCCUUCAGAAAUCCAGUUCCUCCUCUCCUGCUCAGAGGCCGAUGAGAACGAGAUGAUCAACUUUGAGGAGUUUGCUGAUCGUUUCCAGGAGCCGGCCAAAGACAUCGGUUUCAACAUCGCAGUUCUGCUCACAAAUCUAUCAGAGCAUGUACCUCAUGACACUCGCCUUCAGAACUUCCUGGAGCAGGCAGAGAGCGUGCUCAACUAUUUCCGCCCGUUCCUCGGCCGCAUCGAGAUCAUGGGAGCCAGCAGGAAGAUCGAGCGUAUUUACUUUGAGAUCAGCGAGGCCAACCGCAACCAGUGGGAGAUGCCACAAGUCCGAGAGUCCAAGCGGCAAUUCAUCUUCGACGUGGUCAAUGAGGGCGGCGAGAGUGAGAAGAUGGAGAUGUUUGUGAACUUCUGCGAGGACACCAUUUUUGAGAUGAACAUCGCUGCGUCUAUCUCCGAGCCCGAGGGAGAAGGUGCAGAGGAGGAAGACGACGAGGAAGAGGAGGAGGGCGGAGGAGAUGAAGGAGGGGGAGGAGAGUCUGGAGAAGGAGAGGAAGGCAACGGUGAGGGCGAAGCUCCGGAGUCGACUUCCGCCUUUGCAGACUUCCUGAAGAGCGUCGUUAACUUCUUCAACAUGUUCACCUUCCGUAACCUGCGGCGUCGCUACCGCAAGCUCAGAAAAAUGACCAUAAAGGAGAUGGUGAUCGGCUUGGCUACGUUUAUCUACACUAUUCUGAUGGGCAUCCUGAUAUUUGUCUAUAGCAUAUGUAAGGGCUUCUUCACACUAAUAUGGAAGGCACUGUUUGGUGGAGGCUUAGUGGAGGGAGCCAAGAAGAUGACAGUCACAGAGAUUCUAGCCAGUAUGCCGGACCCAACACAAGACGAAGUUCAUGGCGACCUGCCACCUGAACCGGGAGCCAGAGAAGUCCAAGAUGCAGAUGGAGGGAUGGACCACUUAGACGCUGUGGAAGGAGAAGAAGAAGAGGAGGAUGGUGAGGAGAGGGAAGGUGGACGCCUGCCUGGUUUCAAUGCUCCCGGUGGACUCGGAGACUUUGGCGAGACGACGACAGAAGAACCUCCGACUCCAGAGGGCACGCCGCUGCUGAAGAGGAAACUGCUGGCCGCUGCAGUGGGAGGACAAGGCGAGGAGGAGACGGUUGAAGUACAGGAAGAAGAACCUCCUCAGGAGACUGAGAAAGCAGACACUGAGAAUGGAGAGAAGACAGAGAAACCAGAGCCUGAACCUGAAGUAAAGGAGGAAGAGCCUGCAGUGGAGGAGGAGGAGACGAAACCCAUGAAGACCAAGGCGAAGAAGGACAAGAAGCACGCUGAGGAGGGCUUCGAGCUGUGGAAUGAGCUGGAAGUUCAGAGGAUUAAAUUCAUGAACUACCUUUCUCGAAACUUCUACAACCUUCGGUUCUUGGCACUGUUCAUCGCCUUCGCUCUCAACUUCAUCCUGCUCUUCUACAGGGUGUCUGACAGUCCUCCAGGUGAGGAGGAGUUUGAGGGUUCUGGUCUGUUUGAGGGCUCUGGCCUGUUUGAAGGCUCCGGUGCUGAGGAGGACGGAUCCGGAUUAGAAGACGGAGGAGAAGACGAUGACGAAGAAGGCCCCCUGUACUACUUCUUGGAAGAGAGCACGGGCUACAUGGAACCAGCAAUGGCUUUCUUGGGUAUCGUCCACACCAUCAUCUCCUUCCUCUGCAUCAUCGGAUACAACUGUCUCAAGGUCCCUCUGGUUAUCUUCAAACGAGAGAAAGAACUGGCCAGAAAGCUGGAGUUUGAUGGUCUCUAUGUUACUGAGCAGCCUGAGGACGAUGACAUCAAGGGCCAGUGGGACAGACUGGUGCUCAAUACUCCAACAUUCCCCAACAAUUACUGGGACAAGUUCGUCAAAAGAAAGGUUCUGGAUAAAUACGGUGACAUCUAUGGCAGAGAGAGAAUUGCAGAGUUGCUCGGUAUGGAUUUGGCUUCUCUAGACGUCAGCGCCAUGACGCACGAAAAGAAGCCUGAACCUGACACCUCGAUGUUCAGCUGGAUAACAUCUAUCGACGUCAAAUACCAGAUCUGGCAGUUUGGUGUUGUCUUCACAGACACUACCUUCCUCUACCUGGUUUGGUACAUGUUAAUGUCUCUGCUUGGACACUACAACAACUUCUUCUUCGCCGCUCAUCUUCUGGAUAUCGCCAUGGGUGUCAAGACCCUGCGCACCAUCCUGUCCUCCGUCACCCACAACGGCAAACAGCUGAUGAUGACGGUGGGUUUGCUGGCUGUAGUCGUCUACCUGUACACUGUGGUGGCCUUCAACUUCUUCCGCAAGUUCUACAACAUGAGUGAGGAUGAGGAUGAACCGGACAUGAAGUGCGACGACAUGAUGACUUGUUACCUGUUCCACAUGUACGUCGGCGUGCGCGCUGGUGGUGGCAUUGGAGAUGAAAUCGAGGACCCAGCUGGAGAUGAAUAUGAGCUCUACCGAGUCUUCUUUGACAUCACCUUCUUCUUCUUUGUCAUCGUCAUCCUGCUGGCUAUCAUCCAGGGUUUGAUCAUUGACGCCUUUGGAGAGCUGAGAGACCAGCAGGAGCAGGUCAGAGAGGACAUGGAGACCAAAUGCUUCAUCUGCGGAAUAGGAAGCGACUACUUUGACACGACGCCACAUGGCUUCGAGACGCACACUUUAGAAGAACACAAUUUAGCCAACUACAUGUUCUUCUUGAUGUAUCUCAUCAAUAAAGAUGAAACAGAACACACAGGACAGGAGUCAUACGUGUGGAAGAUGUACCAGGAACGAUGCUGGGACUUCUUCCCGGCUGGAGACUGCUUCAGGAAGCAGUAUGAGGACCAGCUAGGAUAAAGUCCUGCAUCUUCAACAUGCGUCUAAAUGAGAAAAAGAGGAGAGAGGAGGGAAAUUUCAGAGAGAGGAAGGAUUUGAAAUUUACAGAUUGAACACAUCUAUGUCUUAGUUUUGUCUUCUGCAUAUCGCUCUCCUCGGUUAAAGCUAUGCACACUUUGACUCCACCUGCAGGAGAAUGUUGACGGAAUUACAUGAAGAAAAGCAAAGUAAUAAUGACAACCAGAAGCCAGGGGCCUUUUUAUUCCACUAUGAAAUACACUACUUGGCCUUUUUCAUUUCAAAUAUACAUAGAUUGCCUUGCAUCAGUUGUGUCUUUACACAAGGGGCUCUUUUAGUCGCUGCUGCUGUAAACGUUAUAGUGCCUAUAGCAAUGUCACUGCUUUAGCCAUCAGGUAGUUUAGAUUUUUAGUUUUAUUUGAGAUUUGAGUGGAUAUGUCUUAUUUAUAUUGUUUGUAAGACUGGAUUUUUUUUUUUGUAUGUGGCUGCUGCCAUUUCUGAUUGUUGAUGAUUUCAGUGAGAGAGCGUUUUAAAAGAAAGUGAUUCAGUCGUAUCUUCAAGAUCCUGGAGGGAGCAGUGAACGCUUUUUGGCCCCUCUCUCGCUCCUUUUCUCACAAAAGACACACAAACUUGUCUUCAAACAAGCAAUGGUGAAUGAAAACUGACUUGGACUGACUUGCCAAGAUAAUAAGUAUUAUCUGAGUAUUAUCUAAAGUAUUAUCUGAGCAUUAUCUCAGUUAAUGGGCGUGAUUCAGCUACAUAGACGAACCCAGUUGGCACUCUGAAGUCUUACAGUGCGUCCCUGGAUGUAUGUGGUCCCCUAUCUCCACUGGUGUCUCUGUGCCAUAUAAGAUAGUGAAGAUGUACACAUACAGCGUAGGAGGAUGCCAAGGUUAUUUAUUUAUUAUUUAUACACAGAUCAGAUCUUCUGAAGACGACCGUUUUAGCCCGUCUGUAUCUCUGGCCAACAGUCUGUUCUACGAGACUUUAUGCACAAAUAAGUUUUUGUGAGUGCAUUAAAAAUAAGUAAUGAAUGUAUUUAAUGUAUACAUUUUUGCCAAAGUGUCACCUGUCUUACUGAGUAUCAACUAGGCUGCUUCAGGGGCCUUUUGAAAAGACGUAUUUUACAUAAAUCAUAGAUACAUAUAUUUUUUUUCUUUAGGGCUUUUGAGGAGUUUAAAUGAUCCAUGCUACUUUGUCAGACAUGAACAUGUUUGUGAAAUCCGCGUUGGUGAAGAGAAUUUGGUCUUAGACUGAAGUAAAUGCCCAGUUUGCAGUCAGAAGAGAGAAAAAUUAGCUUUUGUUUUUGCUGGUUAGGUUUUUACGAUAGAUAUUUUUAGGAAUUCAGCAUAUCGGUUAUUUUUCUCGAUCAAGAAAAGUCAUGUGUGAUGCGUUGAUCUCAGACAGUUCUGCCUUUACUACGCCUCCUUCAGAUCACAUCCAAACCCACAAACUCUCCAUCUUGUAUUUAGUGUUACCAUAUUGUCAGAGACAGAGCAGUAUUUUGGUUGCUGAUGACUCUGAAGUGUGCUUUUGUGCCGCUGUGGAUCCACACAGAGGCAAGCUGAUGGUCUGGAGCUGAAUGGAGAUCACUACUUUCCACUUGACCGAGUGUCCUCUGACUGAACCCUGUGUUUCAAUACAGAAUAAACAGAUUAUUUUAAGGAGAACUUCAA